AUGGCCGACGACGAACGCCGCUCGAAACGCUCUCGUUUCGACCAGACGGAGCCUGAACCCCGUCGACCUUCGAGGUUCGACCGUCGAUCCCGUUCGCCCUCGUCGCGACACUCCGAGACUGCUCGCACGCGCAGUCCCCUCAGCCGGGAACCCCGUAGCCCCAGCGUCGAUACUUCCAAGAAGCCGGCGGUAUCUGAUCCCGCAGCUGCUGCUGCUGCCGCCGCGGCCAAGAUCAAUGCCCAGUUGCAAGCGAAGAAAGGAAUCCAGCAUGUUGACGUCCCUCCAAUUCGCUCGACUGCCAGCCCGGCGCCGAACUCUGCAUCUCCCUCCGCCCGCGACGACGCAUCAGGAAAGCUGAACGCCGAGAUCUACGUUGCUGACGGCGAUUACAUCAAAGAUAUCGAGAUUAACGAUUUGCGCAAUCGUUAUACACUGACCAAAGGCUCUACUCAGAAGAUGGUAAUUACUCCUGUUACAUCCGCUGAUCUUCCAGGCAUCAUGUCGCAAGCCGGCUUUCGCCGCAGUCACAUCCUGCUUCUGCUUUCCCCUCUCUCAUUUCCCUUCUCAUCGCCAUACCACCUCCCCUCAUUUGCAUCUGCUGACCUCCGCUGCGUGACAUCUAGAUCAAAGAAGAAACUGGCGCCGGUACGCCUUAAUCCAUAUUAUAUUGUCAACUGGUUGAAGAAACAUGCUCAUCUGUUACUCUCUCAAGAUGUCACCACCCGAGGAAAUUACUACCCCGAUAAAAGCAUGGCUACCGCUGCGAAUCCCCCGUUGUACCUCCACGUGACGAGCACGAAUAAAGAAGGGCUCGAUAAAGCCGUCGCCUUGAUCGACGAACUCAUGAAGAAGGAGCUUCCCAAUUUGGUUGAUGAGCGCCGAUUCCGUCGCCGGGAGCCGGAACAGGUUGAGCGAGAUGAAUUCGGCCGACGUAAAUGGCCCGAAGAGCGCAUCCCUAUCGAUCUGGAGCCAAUCCCUGGUUUCAACCUUCGCGCUCAAGUUGUCGGACAGGGCGGCGCAUACGUGAAACAUAUCCAGCAGCGUACCCGCUGCAAGGUCCAGAUCAAGGGCCGUGGCUCCGGGUUUGUGGAAACUAACACCGGCAGGGAAAGCGAUGAACCCAUGUUCCUUCAUGUUGCUGGACCCAAUCCCGAUGAUGUGAAGAUGGCAAAGGAACUGUGCGAGGAUUUGCUGGCCAAUGUGCGUGAACAGUAUCAGCGGUUCAAGGAGAACCCGCCUCAGCACAGCUACGGUGGGUACGGCCAGCGCGGGGAUCGCUAUAACUAUGGCGGUGGAUACGGUGGUGGAUAUGGCAACCAGCACCAGAACUCCCCUUCGGCAUCGGCUAGCCCAGGAGCACAGGCGACCCCAGGUUCGGGUACUCCGGCUGAUUACAGCGCGCAGUAUGCGCAGUAUUACGGAUCCGACCCGUACGCUGCGUAUGGCGGAUAUCAGAACUACGUUGCCUACUACCAGUAUUACCAGCAGGCUGCCCAGCAGCAGCAGCAAUCUCAGUCCCAGAGCCCGGCUCCCCCUCCGCCGCCUCCUACCAGUGAGGCACCACCCCCUCCACCUCCUGGAUCUGGAUCUCCUCCUCCUCCGCCGGGGGGUGGUAGCUACAGUGCUGUAAGUGCUUCUGGUCGGUAA